AGUAAACCUUAAAUCCGGUUAAAUGUUGGACAACUAGUGCGCAGCAGAAAUUUUUAACGGUAAUAUACGGAGUCAGAUGCGAUCUGUUUGCUCGCGAUUUUUCAGUUUCUUUCUGGUUAUGUUAACGCCUUUUAAAAGCUUCACAAAAACCGUUAUAAUCAGACAAAUUAUACCACACUCUUUAAUCGCAUACAAAGCCAUAUCAGUCACGCAGCGAAAGAUUUUGUUUGGCCACCCCAAGCUGGCCUCAAUAACGACUCGGAUAAUUGUUGCCAACUGUGGCUUGUCGGCAAACUUCUCCACUUUUUAGAACAAUGAAUUUGUUGAAACGGAUUUGCGUUGGCUUCAUUGUGGUUUCGAUGGAGUGUCGUUAGUUUUAGCUAACUAAAAAACUUGACUUGUUCGCAAGUGAGGUAAAUGAUUUAUCCAUAACGUGUAGCUUAACGCUAGCCAGCUAGCAGAGCUUAGCUAAAGACACAGCAGCUAGCAGCAUGGGCGAUGUAACUCCCAGGUUCGGCAACAUGAAGGCUUUGAUAGGAUUAGUUGCCGGAGCUGGAGCCUCUUAUGGCAUAUACAAACUUAUUAGUUUCAAGAGGAACAAGAAAAAUGCCACAGGUGAGAAUCUUGGGGUUAAAGGCAGUCAGCAAAGUGAAGUGAAGAUACAACCGGGGAGUCUGCUGGCCAGAGUGUCCGGACUGGAUGUUAUCUGUCCCCGACCAGCAGAUACGGCAUCAGGGGACAUCAUCCACCAGUCCCCUGACAACCUGGAGCCACAGCACUUGAAAAUGCUCCUGUCCUGUUUGCAGACCAGCAAUAAUCCCUCAGACAGGUGUCGGAUUCUUCUUACAUUAGGAAACAGUGCUGCCUUCACUGUGAAUCAGAAUCUAAUACGGGAAUUUGAAGGGAUUCAUAUCAUAGCUGGAUUCCUUUCUGAUCCUGCACCUGAGGUUAGGGUGCAGACUCUGAAUGCUUUAAAUAACCUCUGUAUGAACAUCCAGAACCAGGAACAAAUAAAGGUUUAUGUUCCACAAGUGCUGGAACUCAUUGAGAUGUCACCAGUGAACUCGGACCUUCAGCUCGGUGCUCUGCGGCUGCUCACAAACCUUUCAGUAACAGACAAACAUCAACACUUGCUGAAGGAAUCCGUUACUCUUUUACUGUCCCUGCUGGUCGUGAGCAAUGAAGCCUUACAGGUUCAGACUCUGAAAGUCCUCGUGAAUUUGUCAUCGAACCCAGAUAUGAUGGAUGACAUUGUUCAAGCUCAGGCGCCAGCUUCUGUGGUGCUGCUAUUUGAUGAACGAACAGCCCCUGCGGUGCUUCUCCGUCUGCUGACCUUUGCAGGGAACCUGAAGGCCUGGAGGCCAUCAGCCCAAGUGGCUGAUGAACUGAGGCGCAAACAAGAUUGCCUCUUCCGGGUCAUGCUAGAUGAAUCCUCCCAGCUCCACGGCAGAUUGGUUCAGCUGCUUUCACACCCGGAUGGAGAGAUCCAGGCCCAGGUGGCCCGUAUCUUGACGUAGACCUCCUUCCCUGCAUCCCAUUAUGCUUCCAAAACCACCAACCUUUCACAUUUCCCCUCCUAACUUGUAUGUAAGUUGCCAUUAAUCUUAGGCUAUGUGUAGCCUAAAGCUUGUCCCCCAACUUGCGUAGCAGCCGAAAACUCCUUUUAUCCCUAAACCUCAAACUUCCACGCCAUUCAAGUGAUUGCGCUCUGCGUCGACCCGACGUAUAGUUACAUUUCUCGAGAGGUACACAUCAGGUUAUGUAGAAGUUUGCGCCGUAGGAUUAAAAUGGGGCUCCAGUUAUGACGUAGAUCGGACGCAGAAGUAUAAUUCACAUGUAAGUGUGGAUGCACUGCUUACACUCCUUCCAUAUCGGCAGCGUUCCUUGCAUCUGUAUUUUCAAACACAGCUACAUAAUUUGUUCUACUUCACUGGCCACUCUUCCCUCAUUUCUAGCGUCUAACACCGCAAUUAACUGAUGGGCAAUAAGGGAGCAGGAAGCAGGAGGAACCCUUUCAUUCAGUGGAGUGCAAACAGGCCACCUCUUCCUGUUUUUCCUGCUGCCAGAGACUGUUUUCCUUCUAAAAUAUCCACAGUGCCCUUUUUUUCUUCUGAGAACUUCCCCUAAGAAUAGAAAAAACAAACAAAAAUAAUCUCUGAAGCUACUUUCCAGGUGAAAAUUCUUAAUCCAACUCCACUGCCAAAAGUUUUCUAGAGAAUGUUUUAGUAUGACCUGCAGCAUGAACCUGUGCACUGCACCCCCACCUCCCCGCCGUGGUUCAGAGAGACUUUUAGCUGUGUUUUUAGUUUAAGAAGCAGGGUGUUGUGAUUCUUAGACAAGCCAAAGUGAAUUUAACCUACGGGAUUAUCACUGAAACUUAGAGGGGUUCAGUGUAUCAAGAAGACUUUCAAGUCGAGACACUGACCCACCAGUAUUAAGAAGUGCUAGCUGAGUUAUGUGAAGCAUCUAAGAAUGACACCUCUUGGGGAAAACUUUAUCUUUAAUGAUGUGCUGACCACAGCUGCCUGAAAGGGUUUGAUCCAGGCUGUGUUGGUGUCACUGAAUGUCUCUCUCACUCUGUGAACUGGACUCCAAAUACCUGCAAAUCCCCCUUAGGGAGGAGCUGGAGGAAGUUAGAAGAGGAAAAGGAUGUUUGGACUGCUUCGAUUGUUCCACAGCCGCUGCAAGUAUCACAAAUAGCUGUCAGACUGACAAAGCAGUGUCACGUUGAUCAUCUGAAAGCUGUUUCUCAUUUACACAAAAAAAAAAUCAUGGUAUUGAAUGUUAAAUGCAAGCCUUGUUAUGUUAAGCUAUGCACUGAGAAGACUGAUUCACCUGAGAGGUUGAGCGUGCAUGAAAAAUGUAACUGUGAUCCCAGAAGAUGACGAUAAAUGCGAGAUUUUUACUGCAUGGGUCAGUCCAGGUGUGUUGAAAUGCUGCACUUUUUCUGUUUUGUUUUUUUUUUCUUCUUUUUUUAAAUGUUUAGACACUGAUUUUAUUGAACCCAAAACUAAAUAUAUCUCAGGUGAAUAGGGUUUACCAGACAUGUGGAGUAGGUUGAUUUACUUGUGACCUGGAUUAUUAUUAUCAUUAUCAUUAUUAUUAUUAUUAUUAUUUAUUUAAGCGUUUUGCUUAUAAAAUGGAACAUAUGUUUGUCUGUUUGAAUGGUUCAAUAAAUACCCAACAUGGUAAAUAC